AUGCUUGGAGAGCCAAAGCCCAUGAAAAAUCCUUCUUCAAUAAGAAACAGCAAAAAGUAUUAUCGUUACCAUCGGGACAAUGGGCACUAUACCGAUGAAUGUCGAGCUCUUAAGCAGGCUAUUGAAGACCUCAUUAAAAAAGGGCACUUCAAGAAGUAUGUUAAUGGAACUCCCGUUCGGGAGAAGGAUCAGGAGGAAGAUGGGAAGAAGCGUCGUGGUCGUAAGAGCCUCCAUCUCGUCAGGAUUAUAUUUGGAAAGCCGCACCUCACGGGGAAUUCUCGAGGUGCUCAGGAAAAGUAUGCUUGGGAAGCUCGCCAUGACCCUCGAGCAUUCAAGGAAAUGCAUUUAGAAGAGGCAGAUCUGAAGCCUGCCUCUAUCCCUCUCUAUAGCUUUACCAGGGAUCAUUUGAUUCCCAAGGGCAUGAUUGCAGUUCCUGUCACUUUGGGUGAGACCCACGAAGUGACCAAGAUGACAAAAUUUCUAGUGGUAGACUGUCUGUCUGCUUUCAAUGGCAUAUUGGGACGACCUCUACUUCAGAACUUCAAAGCUGUCACUUUCAUCUAUCAUUUGAAGAUGAAAUUUUCCACUCUAAGGAGGUGCGGGAUAGUCAAAGGGUCUCAGCAUGAAUCUCGCGAGUGCUAUGUAAGAGCAGUGCAGAUAGCAUGCAAAGGAAAAGGGAAGCCAGUGGGCGUUUCUGAGUAG